CCCCAACUCCUCGUCCCGCUCCGGCGUGCGUUUCCUUUCCCGGCUUGGGUUGCCCACCGAGAUCACCCCCCUCAAACCCUAGCCCCUCUUCUCCUCCUCUGACCAUCUCCUCCUCCUCGCGCUUCGCCUUCCCAAUCUCGCUGCCGUUUCUUGGGCCUGGGACUCGCGCUCUGCUAUCUGUGUCCGCGUAUGGCCUGCGACGGCGCCGCCAGAGGCCGCCCUCCCAAGCGCCCCGCUUCGGGAGGCCUGGCCCAGCCCAACGUCGUCACCUACAAGAGACGCCGCCGCGGCACCGGCGCCAACGCCGGCCACAGCGCCGUCACGUCUGGCCCCGACCCCGCUGAAAUGAGCGCGGUGGUGCACGCCAUCGAUUCCCAGCAAGGUGGGCGCCAAACGCUGGGCAGGCACUGGAGAAACUGGAGGGACACGCUGGAGGGCGUCCUACAAUCCACUGCUGGGAAGCAGGGCUCCGGAGGGAUUCAGAGCUGCAUCCGAGCUGCGCUCAGAUUUAGUGGUUGCCCUCCCACAGAACAUGGGAACUUAGCUCACGACGGAGGAGCAGGCAGAGAUGACCCUGUUGGAGCUGUACAUUCUGAAGAGAAUAGUGGUGCCUUGGUUCAGUUAGAAGACGGAACAGCUGCACCUUUGGAAGCCAACAAAACGAUGUGCCAUAAUGCUCUCUUUGACAUUCUGAUCUCCGAGAAGUUUGCGAUGCUGUGUGAUCUGCUAGCUGCAACAUUCCAUGUCAGUAAGCCUGACGAUGUGAUUGGUUUGCAAAUAAUUGAUGCCAAGAUGAGAAAUGGGGAUUAUGCACAGAACCAUGCGCUGCUUGACCAUGAUAUCAAGCAGAUAUGGAAGAAGUUUGAACACGUUGGCCAAGAAAUGGCUGGUCUGGCAAGCAGUCUCUCAGUGAUUUCACAAGCUUCUCACCAAAAGCAGGCUUCUGGUGUUUCAGAAAUUGAUGUGGCUGAACACAAGAUAGAAGAAACAAGCCUGGUUGGUGUUGCCCGCAAAGCCCUAAGGGAGUUGACUCCCCAGUGCGAUUCUGGCUAUUCUACGAUACCAAAACGAGCUGGGAGGUCUGGAUCGGAUGGAAUUUGCAAGGAUUGUGGCAGAAAGGCAGACAGCAAAGGAAGAAUUAUCUGUGACAGAUGUGAAGCUGCGUACCAUGUUUCGUGUCUGAAGCUUGCCAUCGAUGAAGAGGCCCCAGCAAAAUGGUACUGUCCCAGCUGCGUUGAGCCAGACGUAGCUUUGAAGCAUAAAAACCAUGGCAGGUCACAUGAAGGCUGUGAUGUAUGCGAGUGGCUCGUGGUGAAGCCAGAAGAGCCUGCUGAAGAUGUUAGCGAGCCUGAACUGGCGGUCAAAACGCAGGAGAGCUCAGUGUCAAGCAUGGGCGAAGACAGCGAACCAGACCUCUCAACGACUGCUCUAGCGAACUUGUGCAAGAACUGUGGCACAUGCGAAGACGAGGACAGGAAGUUCAUGGUAUGCGGGCAUGGUUUAUGUUCUUUCAAGUUCUACCAUGUCCUGUGCCUGAAAGAGAGACAGAUUGCAAGCGAGAAGCAGAAGAAUCUAAAGUGCUGGUACUGCCCGUCUUGCCUGUGCAGACGGUGCUUCAAGGACAAGGAUGAUGAGAAAAUAGUACUGUGCGAUGGCUGCGACGAGGCUUAUCACAUCUACUGCAUGGACCCGCCGUGCGAGUCUGUCCCGAGAGGUAAAUGGUUCUGCACGCGGUGUAGCGCGCGGAGGUCAGUGCAAGGGAUGCAGAGGUAUGAGAAGUCGAUCCUGGAGAAAGUCAAGCGUGCUCCUGGUGCCAAUGGGCCGAAGGUGCAGGCAUCUGCUGGUCCAGAAAAAUAGGCAGCAGUGUGGAUGAUGUUUCACAGGCCAUACUAGGGUAGAAGAAAGGGAAGGAUACUUUUGUUCCUCUGAGGGAGGGGGUAUACAUUGCUCUGGUAGCUUUGAAGAAUCGAUGGAUGGGUUGUGUAUACGUGGGGGGAAGGAAGAUGCCCCGUUGGCUGCUGAUGUUGAUUCACUGUGCUGCCAUUUCGUUUUUGGAAUUCUUGAGUGUCGCUCGGCUUGUUGUUGUGCUGUUAUGUUGUGUCUGAUGGUAAGUGGCAUCGCUUAUCGAUGAUAUGUACAUGCCUGUAACUCGUUUUCUUUUAUUUGUUGGACAUUGUGUGUGUGUGUGUGUGUGUUUGAAUUGUGAUGACCUAGAGAACGCUGGUGUCAAUCAAUGCAGCGUACCUUGUUUGCGCCU